AUGACGAAGCCUCAACACGACGCUACCUUCUCACGCAUGAACAAAAUCGAUGGCUGGGGAUCUUUGGAGGCCGAGGGAAAAAUAUUCAUAACGAUAAAGCCUCAACACGACGCUACCUCCUCACGCAUGAACAAAAUCGAUGGCUGGGGAUCUUUGGAGGCCGAGGGAAAAAUAUUCAUAAUGACGAAGCCUCAACACGACGCUACCUUCUCACGCAUGAACAAAAUCGAUGUAUGGGGAUCUCUGGAGGCAGAGGGAAAAAUAUUCAUAAUGACGAAGCCUGAACUCGACGCUUCCCCCUCAAUCGCCCCCAAAAUCGAUGACUGGAGAUCCUUGGAGGCCGAGGGAAAAAUAUUAAUAAUGAUGAAGCCUGAACACGACGCUACCUUCUCACGCAUGAACAAAAUCGAUGGCUGGGGAUCUUUGGAGGCCGAGGGAAAAAUAUUCAUAAUGAUGAAGCCUCAACACGACGCUACCUCCUCAAUCGCAUCCACAAAAUCGAUGACUGGGGAUCUUUGGAGGCCGAGGGAAAAAUAUUCAUAA